UGUGAGGACGCCAUCAACAAUAUUUUGGAUGUCUUCAAAUGUUGAAUUUGAGGAAUUAUUCUUUUUUGUAAUGUACUCUAAACGUAUCUGUAUUAUCCCGCCUGUACAUAUGGAUUAGCUUGAGACACGACCUCAACUAUUACAUACAAGUUGACGUUAUCGCUAGAUUUUUUACAUUUGAUAAGAUACGUUCACUGUCUUUGACCAACCCAGCGCCAUAUAGAGAGAAUUCUAUUAUAUUCUAAAUUCUUUUAUACGGCUCUGGACCAACCGUUACCUUCUUUUUUUGGAUUUAUGAAACUAUUUCAAAUGUUCACUGGGCUGCAGGCGGCAUUGUUUGGUCCAACACUUGCGGACGGAGACCACCUAGAAGUUAUCCUCGACCAGUUCCUCAUGUCUGAAGACUCGAGCAGCAAGGAAGGAUGGAGUGGGAUGAUUCAAAAACAAAGGAAAAAUGUUGGGAAUGUGGCAAACAAUUUAGCGAAUUGACUACGUUGAUCUCCCACUACAAAAGCCACAACAUCAAAGCCACCUGCCACAUCUGCAAGGUUAAUUUCCGACGCUUGACAUCACUCUCCAUGCACCUGGAUAAUGUUCACUUGCCAGCCCGCUGCGAAAAGUGUCAUGAGGGUUUCAGUUCUGUGUGGGAAUUGAACACACAUGCAGAGGCUAGCUGCUUGGGAUUUAAAAAAACUCCCUCUUUGAUUUCUUCGGUCAUACAUCCGAGUCAGAAUAGUGACAACUUUCCUAACAACGAGACUGCACAGCAAAUCACAAAGUUAGGGCUGUGGGACUCACUGUCAAAAUCGAGGCCUAAACAACAAAUUGAGAUGAAGCCUGAGAUGGCUGGGAAACAUGAAAACAGUAUAGAGUAUACAAUAGUUGAAGAUGAUGAAAACAUUGAAAUAGAUUGCGAGAAAGCAGAUGAUUCAUCAAGCACUGCAUCUGAUGAAGAAGUGAAGACACACUUUAAUCCUUCAGAGUUGUGUCCAGAGGAUCUCGAGUCAGAUGGUGAUUCAAGUUCUACUGAUGGUUCUAGUGGCUCUUCUCAUAGUCUGGACAAAUCCAUGUGUGAGGCAUGUGGUAGAGGGCCAUACCGUGUAAUGAAGCUCCAUUUGCUGCACUGUAGUGGUGUAAAGGCAACAUAUCAGUGUACAGUUUGCAAGAAGCUUUGUACAAGUGGGGCUUAUCUUAAAGAACACCACAUGCCUUUGUAUUCCUGUGUAGUCUGUGGCCAGGUUUUCCCCCACAAGAACUCCUUCCAGCAUUUCCAGUGUCCCAAGGGAACCAAAUUGGGUCUACUCCUCUUUUGUGUUGAUUCAAUGCCGCAAGUGUGUAAGAUAUGCAAAUCCUUUUUUAGAUCUGAGGAGAGCCUGUUAAACCACAUCACCAAAGUUCACACAUCAGUGGUCAGCACCAAGGUGUGCAUUAUAACCGAUGCAUCAGCGUUGACAGAUAAAAAGGUUUCACUAGGUGGCACGCAAGCCAUAAGUAGUCAACAUGUUGUCCACCAGGUGAAUGGGAAAUUCUGUGAUGUACAGACCCGGGCUGGUUUUCUCUACGCUAUUCCUUCCUCUUCAUUGACCUCCUCCUCUAGCACAGGUACACCUCUGUCUACACAUGUGUUUGUCCCAUUGGGUGCCACUGCUGCUUCCCACCCUGUCACCCCACCAUCGACCACCAUUGUGGGCAUUUUUAAGAACACCAGCCAGGACAUAGCUUUGAAGAAACGUAUGACCAAGGGCUGGCGCUCCAAGGCCUCCUACCCCUGCAGGCAGUGUGGGGCCAUCUUGCGGCAGCCCUCCUUCAUCAUCAGCCACCGCUACCUCCACAGAGGCCUGCGCUCACACCGGUGCCCCUGCGGCCGAGCCUUCAAGCACCGGCUGCACCUGCUGCGGCACUGCGUUCAGCACGCGGAGACCGUGAGCUACAUCUGUGUCGGCUGCGGGGACACUUUCACAGGGGCCAAACUCUUAGCUGAGCACAUGAAGGGCAAGUCUCAGAAGAGUCACCGUUCUGGACGUACUCGGAAAUGUAAAGUUAAGAAAAAGUGCAGACUGCCUUUUACAUGUGACUGCGGACAGCUCUUUUUUAGGCCUUCGGCUUACAUGUGGCACCAGAUUAAAAACAGGACAAAAGCGAAACGAUUAAAGAAGCCGGUGAAAUGACGAAGCAGACACAUCCCUGGUUCCUCCAUUGCUUUGAUCAACUUACUCCUUUCUAGCUUUCUGCACAACACUUUAGAACAACAGUGUUGAAUCAAAAGGGAUGUAUCUUUUUAAGACAAAAUCAAAGCAAACUCACAUACAUUUGUAAUGGCUUUUAUUGAUAAGCAUGUCCUGGAUGGUUGUUUACAUGUUUUCACCAUGUGCAAAUGAUACAUAGUAAAUAAUGUUAGAAACAAGUUAUUGUGACCAUACACCAGUUUAUACUCUGGAGAGAGAGUUCAUCCAGUUUUGCUAUUUUUUUUUUUCUUCAUAAAGUUUCACAUUUGCCAGUGAGUUUCUGAGUCCUCUUGAUUUGUUUUCACUGCAGAUAAUUCACAUGUUGUGUGAGACAUUGUACAGGCCUUGGUAUUCAGGUUGAAAAUAGCAUUUGACCUUUUUUAUGGUUGUUAUAUAAUCUUCAUGUCAACUGUCCUCAGUAUUAUCUAUGUUUACUGAAAUAAUAUCCACUAGAUGGAGCUGGUGGGGUACUGAAGGCAAACAAGCAUGUUUUUCCUGCAUCAGAUGAUUACAACACAAAACAUACACAUUCAUCCAAGAGUUUUAAUGGACUACUGUUUAAGUAGUCAAUGAUUUUCAGAUUGAAAUAAAGUUCCCACAAUCCUUGA